AUGGACGAAAAACCUCUGAAGGGAGACUCGUUCGUGGUACGAGAGUCCCAGCAUUAUAGAUCCGACGCAAUAAAUGGGAGAUUUGUAGCUCGAGGUGUAAUUGCCACUGUUAUUGCCUUAAUCAUCAUACUUACCAUUUUGGUUAUUGUUUUGGGCUCUCUUCUUGGAAAGGCAAGGUCUUCUGGAGGCGAGGUCGACGAUAAAUGCAAAGGCAAGUGGCUGUUAUCUUAUAAGCUGGCUUAUCCAGACGCAGAUGAAACUAAGAUGUACGCUGUACUUAACAGUUGUUACAAAAGACGUUACACAAAAUUUAGAAUUUAACUACAUGUAGUUUUCUUAGGUUGUAAUCACACAUAUAGAUCAUGAGUUACAGAAAUAAUCAUGAACGGUAUCGAAUUAAUCACCUACUACCUCACGCUACUGAUUUGCUUCAUAUGCACCAUUAGUUUAGAAAUUAAAUAACCCUAAGCUUCAAACGAAAGCUAUGUAUUAAUUAAAUUAAAUGAGGUUGCUGCAGUAUAUUUUAGUACAGAAGUAAUUUCAAUUCAGAAACGUUACUGAUCACAAAGUGGGUACACGGUAUGCCAAAAAUGCCGCAUAUUGUUUAUUCCUAGCCCUGAAGCUUAUCUAGAUAAAAUACGGCUUAAAUGUGCUCACUCGCUUAAAGAUAUUGCCUCAGUUCUAGAGAGGUUUAAGUCCUCGCAAAACGUUUACUAGAAUCGUUCUGUACUAUAAAAGGGUUUUAUAUAGUUGGCAAGAAUUCAAGGUUAUCUGGGACCCUACGAGGACAUAUUCAGCUAACAUUGUGUAAGAAACUGAUGAGCGCUCGCCCGCCUUUUUAAUUUGAUCUCCAUGUUAAAUACUAGAUCACGCACGCUUCAUAGUAUUGGCUCAAGACAAUUAAGUGAAAAAUUAGUAUGAGGUCUUGUUUGUCUCUCAGCUCAGGCGCUCUCAUGUGUUUUAAAACGUUAAAGAAAGUAUUGCUUAUUUGCUAGCUUUUCUCCUUGUUUCCUCCUUUCUUUCCUAAGUUGUCUAUCAACUAUCUUCUUAUCUGCGUCUUAUAUCUGUAUGCCAUUUUAUAAGAUCUACGUUAUUGGCCAAUUCAAUUUUUAAAUUUUACCCUUGUAUCAAAUUUCCAACUGUACAGUUUUCAUACUACAUGUAUUUAAAUUGUAACGACUUUCCAUUUCUUCAGUAAACUCUCUGAAAAAGCACGGCUUGUAAUUGUCAGUCUGAAAUAUUGGGAAAUCUCAAGUCGCUUUUAUCUUUGUUGUAAUGACUGUUCAGUUACUAGUGUUUUGAGGUAGUAUUCAAAAGAUCAAAUUUAGCUCUGUAUACAAUAACAGUUCAAGAAUUCCUUAUCAUUUCUCCUAUUUUAAGUUUCUCGGGGAAAAAGCCGGAUCUGGAUUGCAAGUCUCAGGAGAUAAUGAAAUGCAUGCAAUUUUUGUUGUUUGUAACGUUUGAAAUCAUACUAAGGACUGACAUAUCAGUAUUCACCACGAAGCUGGAAUUUUGUCACUCACUUCCCAAGUUCCAUAACGACUAAGAACGCGUAGCUAAGUAAAACGUUACUAACAAAGUGAAGCAGCCAGCCGUGACACAAACCCUCUAACUCCCGAUUGCUAAAGAGAAUUUCGAUCAAUUUUCAGCCAAUGAGUCGACUAUGUCCACUGAUAUAAUUUUUCUUCCUUUCUUAAGAACUGCUAACAACCUCAACGCCGCCGCAAAUUCAAGUUUCAACAGUUGACCCGCCUACUCCCGGAACAGAGCCAUGGUGGAACGUACGCCUUCCAAAACAUGUCAUUCCCAUACACUAUGACGUCAUCAUAUUCGUUGAUCUAAAGAACUUUACGUUUAAUGGUAACGUAAGCAUCUUAGUUAACGUUACAGAGUCCACCGAGUAUAUUUUGCUUCAUACUAAGGAGCUCGUGGUCACUUCAGUGAUAGUUUUCCGAUCCUCUGGCGGUAAGUAAAAUGCUAUGAAGUAAGUAAUAUAUAGAUUUAGCCAGGGCUAAAAGCGAGGCUCCCAUGCAUUAAUAAAUUUAUAAUUUAAAUCAAACAAUAAACUUGUAUUCCACAAUUCAGUUAACCUUAGAACACAUUCAUGCAAACAACCCCAGAGUGAACCAAAUCUUACAUCGAGUUGAUGGCCUCAUAUGUACACCCAAAAACUCGCAAUCGUCUUCGAUCACAUUUUUCAAGAGCCGUAAUGGCUCUUGAUCACCGUAGCUUAAUUAGGCCUGGAAAAAAGUUCCGGCCGAAUUUUUUGCGUUCGACGAGUUUACUUUACAAAAUAUUGCCAACAAAUCUGGGUUCGUGUAAACCAACCUUAUAUAUCAUUUAUACAUCACAUCUGAGGUGAAACAGUACUAUGAGGCACUGUUUUUAUCAUACAAACCUCGGACAACAGAAUGCAGUAUUUGACAGUUUUGCAAUGCAAAUUGCUAUCAUUCAAUAUUCAGGACGAUCAAAGCACGCGUGGGCUUUAGCUAAACCGUUAAAAAAAUUUCCAAAAUCACCUAUACGGCCAGCCGGUUCUGAAUUUUGCAGUGCUAGCUGUGGCGAGUGUUUGAAUGAACAUUAACACAGUUAAGCUCCAAUAUAAUAAAGAAUUUAUUAUGUUUAUUUUUUAUUUUAAAAUGGUUUAACGCGCGGCACUUUGAGUACUCUGGGAAGCGUUGUUCACUGAACGACUGAAAACAAUCGGCACAGCGAUUAAAAUUACAAGAGAGACUACUAAUAAUCAACAAAAGAAAUAAAAUUCGGUGAAACAUAUACAGAGACGACAAUUUUCAUUCAGGAAGACAAGUAUUAAAGUGUCUCUAAAAAUCCUGAGUCUUCGAGCUUAAAGCUGAAGUUUUUGUUUUAAGCCGGCUUCCCGGUGUUUGCUUUUUUCAAAGACGAACUCGAGGCAAGAAAAUCGCUCAAAGCUUCUUUUACAGCCUGAAUUAUAACUGAAAAUUCUUUGGAACGUGUUCUUUCUAUUUGAGGUGAGAAAAAAGAUCUGUAAGCUUAUAUAAACCUGAUACUCGGUCAGAUCAUUGUCUCAAAUCUUACAAACGUGCGUAAACAAAAUAGCCGCAUAAACUACGCUCGACUUCAUUAAAUUAGAAAUAAAAAACAAACAUCAACUACAAUAAUUACUCGGGCUUACCACUCGAGAUGCAGCUCCUCAAAGGUAUCAAGUAAGGCCAGUAUCGCUUCAGACUUUGAAACCCUCUUACGCAUUAAGCAAGAUGAAAACGAAAACGAUGCCAUCCGAAAUCGGAUUUCCAACUUUGACAAGUGACGUAUUUCUCAACCAAAAACCCAAUAAACAAACUAGCCAUGGAUAACAGAAGACUUCCGAUAGCAGCUGAAUUUCAUUUUGUACAUCCAGUGGAAAAGGACAGUUAAAAAAAUCAAAAGUUGACACAAAACUCUGUCAGCUUCAGCUGUCAAAGUAAACAAGACGCUGUGUGAGCGUAUAUUUGGGCGUGGUCGUACUACGGGUAUGAUACUUUGAACAUGUCUUAUUGCAGCUAAAGAACUGUCAUCAUAUCUUACCAGAGAAGACAAAUCCUUUACUGCACUUGUUUGCUGAACCGCACAGCUUAUACAGUAUGUCCCAAUCCACAACAAAAAUAGUAUCAUUUCACGACAAUGUUUGAAAAUAUGCACAUCUUCAAUGCAGACAUGCUUGGAGCCAAAUUGCAACAUAGGACAUAAGUGGUUACAGCCCGGAGAGUAAGGUUUAUCUCAGCUCCACUGAUACUGACAGAUGUGUUUUCACACCCAUAACUUUGUACAGUGUAUUCCGGUUACUAACAAGGGCAAAUAAAGUUCCUUAAGUCCAGUAUCCACAAGGAUUAAUAAGAGAGUAUCACAUUGCAUAAACUGCUAUAGGGAAGCACUGUUAAGAGUGAUUUUCUGUAAAAUUCGAACUUCGGCCUGACACGGUACCUCAUCGAUUUGGCUGAUUUUUGGCAUGUAGUCUUAGAAUGGUGUCCUAAAUACUGAAUGCAUAUUCUAAGGUUCGAAUUCUCGUUGGUUUCAAAGAUACAGGAAUGACAGUUUUGACGAGGCCUCGAGCGGCCGCCAUGUUGGUGAACUGAAAGAGAUUUACAGUAAUUAAUUCUAGCCUUGUCAUUAAAAUAACUUAAUCGUGACUCAUACAGUUGCAAAGAGCUAUCCUUCCUCCUUUCAUUUACCUACUCUUAUCUGAAAAUGGUUAAGCCUGAGCUACGAACGGCUAUAACUUCUCACAGCACUUUUUCGGUACUUUAACGGUACACAAAUUUGGUAGAAAUUGGAAGGCCAAUAUCACCCAUGCCACAUCGAUUUAGACUAAGCCAUUUUAACUAAACAUAGUUUGUUUAUAGCUAAGUUAGAUUGUUGAAUAAAAUAAUUGGGCAAAUGCAACGGAACAGAAAUAUGAUUGCAUGAAUGCGCAGUGGUUCAGCCACUUGGCCGCUAAAACUUCAAAACAAAAUUCGGUGAAUAUUUGAAAAGAAAAUUCUUUAAAAAUUGAUCGUGCCUCUUAAACCCUAUCUAUCGCUUAAAAACCCUCCCUUGAAAUGUAAACAGAUGAUCUUUUGAUUCUGAUCUUGCGAAGAGCUUGAAAUAUGCGCUAAAAUGAAAAUUAUAAAUUUUGUUACACACGGUACUAGUUCAAGUUCGCUCUUCGGGAGCCGCUCGUGUACUGCACAGAUACUAUUUUCUCUGUAGUAUUUCGCUGUAUACAGCUACAAAUUACAUAUUUUCUUAGGCAAAGAUAACGCAAACGUUGUCAAUUUUAAUCAAAAGGCUAGAAAAGCCAACCGUGCACUGUAGCUUUAUGCAAAUUGUAUGGUAUUCGAUAAUUACACGUGUAAACAGGAACCUACCUUUGCUAAUGUACACUGUUUGGCAGAUCUUUCCAGCGUAAGAUAUAAAACUAGUACAUGAAAUGAAAUUAAAGAACUCAUCAAGUCAAAUUACCUGAUCGUACCGUCAUUACUGAAUAACAAGUCCGCAAAAUAUGACAUGGAAUGAUCGGUGGGAGACGAAGCUAUUUUUAGGAGGACAACGAACUGCACGCUGGAACGGAACUGAAAUGAACAACCUCAGUCAAGUUCAGUCUUCUUGACGCUAUUAAACGUUUCCCGAAUUUGAACAGGAAGUUGUUUUCUAUUUUCUUUCUCAUUCUUGCAUGAAUUCUGCAGUUCGCCCACUAUUUUUUUCGUAACUUUUAAUUUUCUAGCUAACUGGAACUGUUUAGAACUACCAACCCCCUCCCCCCUCCCCUCUUUGAGUGAACUUUCAUUCGGUCUGAUUCACAAUAAUUUUCGAACGGUGACAAAGUGAUAUUUGAAAUGACAUUUUAUUUAGUAUUUUUAAAAGCUCCUUCUUUUUUUUCCCGAUAGCCAGGAAUGUUUUGAACGUAAAGGCUGAAGUGGCGGUGUUUUUCACGACUCUGCUUGUAGACUGACCUCAUCACCAGUACCACGGACAUAAAAUCUGAUCGGAGAGGGUCAUACAGUAACUGAUGGGUCUCUGAAAAGCGAAAUGCAGUCACGUGGGGCGAGUAGGCUAUAUGGAUGAUGAACUCAUUGUUUAUAACCCCAUAACCGUAUCCCAAAAGUCGAGCCAGCCCGUGCGAGCGAACACAAUUUUGGGGCCACUGGCCACGCCCUUAUGUUUAGCGGGAAAUUGGUUGAUUAGUCAAAUCUCCUUAACUCCACGACCAUGCACCUUUCCAAAUAUAGCCCUUCUUAUCAUCAUAUAGUUACGGCCUCCCGUAAGCAUUUGCAACUAUUUUGAUUUGUAGAAGACUGUUUAACAGUUUUCAUUACUUUAAUGUCUCGUAAACAACACGAGGUACAUGUUCUGAUCUCUCCCCCCCACCCUUCCCCCAUCCAUAACAAAAAAUUUUCAGACCAACACUGAAUUGCAUGAAGGUAUGUACAAAAAUAUGACCAUCUCGAGGCAAGGUUCAUCACUGUAACUCACCACAUAAAAGCCUUUUCGUUGUUUGCCAUCGACUGAUUCUGUUCUGAAUACUAAGGUCCCAUAAACAACGCCACGUUUAGAAAGAGCCCGCCCUUUUCAAUCCAAGAAAACCCAAGUAGCGAUUUCACCAACGGACAUAAGCCGUAAGAAAAGGACCGCGUCAAAUAGUUCAUGAAAUCACAAACGCCUCAUGACACCUUUAAUUCACUCUUACUUCGAUAAACUAAUUUUUAAUUUUUUAAGCAUAAAUGACAUCAGAAUGCGCGAUUAUGAGCAUUGUAGCUUAUGAAAAGAAAAUUUAACACCUGAUGCACAUGAAAGCGUCUAAGAAGGGGACUAGGGGAAUUAGGAACAUUGUGCUUACCCCUGCAAAAAUAUUGGCUAGUUCUUUGAAUAGACUCAAUUAAAGCCGUUUUUGUUCAGUAAGGAGCUGUUAGAUGGGGGAAAGCUACAUAAAGUAGAUCGCAUCAGAAUACGGCAUAGGACUAGGCUCUCAAAAUCAAUAAGCUGAAUGCAAGACCAAUUAUUAUGUAAAACAGAGAAAAACUCCUUGAGGGAAAAAAAAAUUAUGGCUAGGGAAAAGACCCGAAGGUGGAAAGUUAGGAUGGUAGCUUCUUUUCAGGUAAUCGAUCAUUUACGUUAACUUCCGCUAUCCGACGGGCAUAUCGGAAAGACUGAAUGGAUGAGAGUAUAACACAUUCAAGAAGAAACAAAUUUGUGAUUUUUCACAACUCAAUAAAAUAACUAAAAUUGUGUACUACUCGGUUAUACAAGAUUUUUGUUUUCAAUUUCAGAUUUUUACGAUGGGUCAUUAGCCCCCGUACUCACUAGACACUACUUUACAAUCAUCGUGUUAAAAUCAGUGAAAUACUCCAAAACAAUUUGGAUUCCUACCCUUAUACCUUUAUUAAAAAUUAAAGUUGGGAAGUUUGUUGUCUUCUAAAAGUAGUUUGAACAGCCGAACAUUUACACGGAGUGGGGAAGGCAAAGCUUCACUUAUCUCUUCUAAGGUAGAAAGUGUCAGCAAAACGUGAGAGUCGUCCUUGAGGGUAAAGUGUCUAACCUAAUUUUCUCACCGAUUGCAAGUGCCAUUUCAUCCACGCAUAACCUCACCUAGUUAACAGAAUUAGCAAAUGUAGUGGGGAAGCGUUGCGAGAGAACUGAGUAAGAUGUUAGGGUAAGUUUUGGAAAUUUUCCGCACACCUGGAACUGUCCUGGCUACGCUCCUGAUAGAGACUUUUGCUGGAGAGAAAUUGAAACAUGUUCGCUAAUAUAGUGACGACCAGAAAGGACAAGCCAUAGGAUAGUUCCAGAAAACCACCCAUUAAAAUAGAUCACAAAGUUGUCGCGGCGGAGGAUGAACUUGAAGGCAUCUGAUGAAUUGCAAUUUUUCAAGGGGAGCCCAGACAAGAUUAUGUACGAUGGGCACAGCUUGUUUAAUCUGGAAAAUUUGGAGAAGCUCAAGGCAAAUCGCUAGACAACACAUGCUAGAGCUGAACUAAAAAUCUUUUGGGCCUUUGAACUCUGUCCCUAAGGGUAAAGGAGAAAGUUUCCCUUUAUCAAUGCAUUAACCGAGUUGAUUAUGAAUGUCUCCUUAUGUUGGACGUCUUACUAACAAGCACAUUACCACUACUUGCCCUCAGAGGCGUUUUUCAUUUGACGAGCAGAGAAAAUUACUAGGUUUUGACUGUUUGAAAUUCUGGAUACCAGAGUGAAGACGCCUUUUGUAUGAUGACGUCAUCGUCCUACAGUAAAAAGCGUUCGUUUUUUACCACUGAUAUUACGUCAAUCGGUACACUUAUGUUGUCGAAAGGUCCGUGAGCAUGGUAAAUGAUUUUACCUUAAACUGCGGACACAUCUUCAAUCACUCUUUAUUGUUCGCGAUAUCGGAUAAACACUCUGGUCUCUAACUGAAUUUUCUUUGCUGUUUACUUUAUUUUGAAUUAGGACUGUCAGGAGUUGUCCAUGCAUUGUCUAGCGAUUUUAAGCUUUUUCAAGGAAACAAAAAUCUGGAAUUGUCCCUAGGGUGAGGCAUUUGCGCACAGUUUUAAAGCCCUUCGGUGGGGUGACUGUGGUUUUUGCUGUCCCGGGCUCAUCCCUCAUUCUCCUUAACCCCUUCCAAACCAAUUUUUCUGUUUAUCAAGAAUCUCCUCAAAACGGGCUUCGUGAUUGAGACAAAAUACCUGAAAAUUGUACACGAAACCGUUGUUAACGGUGUACAAGGUAGAAUGAGUCUAUUCAUUACUUUGCCAACGCCCAAUUUUUAAAACCGGAAGUAAUGAUGUUUAUUUCAAGGGCUCAUGUCUCAUGAGUUUUGAGUAAAUCUUCAAACGCUGUAAACACAUGUAGCUGGAACUAUCAUCGCAUCGAUCCUCGCUCACUAAUAACGAUAACUUAUAUCAACUUCCAUUAUUUAUUGCCUGCUAAGAUUUUCACGGAUUCUUCAGUUCAGUUGUUUGAAACCAGACGGUUUCACGUGAGUUGUAACGCCAGGCAAGGAACGUGACGACCCGCGAUAUGCGUGGGAAAAUAUUACUUUUUUUCGAUCAAGGUGGAAACUGGCAACUUUGUCGUCGAGUAAGGUAAUACAUCUCAAUUUUCAUUACUAUGGUUAAUUUUAAAAGCUCUGGUUUCGGUAAAGGAACUGGAGGAAAAUCAGGAAAAUUCCAGUUCGACUGUGAUGGUUGAAUUUUGUUUACGCGUCAUAGCAUAAACAUAACAAAUUCAUUUUCCUUUUCCUUAUACAAUCUGCCUUUUUUAUACUGUUUUUCGCAGCAGAGUUAUCGAUUAUAUUACAGAGGCUAAUUUUAUUACACAGAUCACUCAGAUUUAAUGACAGAAACUCUAUUAUCGAUUGUAAUUUUGGCAACACCUGGCGAGUAUUCGGUGUACAGAUUAUUGACAAAGUCGCUAGAACAGUCUUCCAUUCAUUACUUUUGUUUCUGCUCCGUUAAAUUUGCCCAAUUUUUUUAUUAACGAACUCGAUUUAACUACAAACAGUGAGUAUUCAGGCAGAUUGGCAAGCUUCAAUGCGAUGUGGCAAAAGAGAUAUACGCCUUUAAAAUUCUGUUAAUUUUUCAGGUGUAAAAAAUUCAAAAAGUAUACCCACCAAAAGUUUAAUCGAUCGUUGCGAAAACGUUAUCAAUUUCGAAGUAGUUUCUAAAAAUACAAUAAAGAGGGAUUGUUCUUUCAAUCUGUAUUGGCAAAGGAAGAUUAGCUUUGAAGACAGGGUUGUAGUCGAAGGCGCAAAAGCAGCUUCUAUUAACCAAUAUGGCGCCGGUCCGAGGCACCCAAAAACCGGCCAUGUCGAUAAUUUCCGAAGUAGGAGGAAUUAGAACCUAAAGUUACCUAUUCCUUAUUAAAGACCUCAAAUCAAGUCUACAUGCCAAUUUUUAGCCAAUUCGGUGAGAUAGUGUGGCAGCGCCUUUUUGAUAUAGCUCGAAUCUUACAGACAACUGCUCUUAACAGGAACAUUGGUAACUGUUAACAUUUGAUAUACUACAAUUUUCAACACUGCUUGAGAAAAGAUGAGGUUCAAAGGUGGCAAUUUGUACAUCUUUAAUUCAUAUAUAUCCUCAUUCCUAUGUAGAGUCUAAAAAUAUUGUACUAAUUUAUGCAUGGAUGGUAUUUCCAACAAUACACAUGUCCCUUCACUAUGACUGUUAUGAUACAUAUCUCCAGCAUGAGAAUCAAAUGCAUUAUAUCCCCCAGCCUCAGUGCUGUAGAUACCAACACCAAUAAUUGCCACCGGUAAAAUGAAUGAGUUAUAGUUCAGUGCCAAGAGUGUUUGAAAUGCUGUAACCUGUGAGUGGCAUAUAAAGUAUUGAUGGAUGUUAGAAGUAUAACUGUAACUGUAUUCAAGGUGGAAAAAUUGCUCAAACACUGUAACCAUUCCUGGCAAUUCUGUCUUGCAAGUAGUGACAGACAAGAAUAUAAUUGAAUACCAAAAAUCAUUAUUUGAGUCAUAUCAUCAACUGAAGUCAUCUUUGUUAUCUUACUGUAAAUUAAAGCGCACAGGCUCAUUGCGACACAUCGUUGUCCACCAUUUUCCCCAAAUCCUGUAACAUUUCCUUGAAGGUAUGGAGCAUUAAUUGCUUUUGUAGCAUCUACAUAAACUGAAGAUCCUGGAUUCUUCUCUAUAUCAGUACAAAGCUUAAAUUGGCCAAAAUUAACCCGGUGAUUUUAACUGUUUUAAGCACCAUAAAAUGGACAAUUACAUGUACAGAGGGGCAAAUUCUUACAUAGAAGCCUAUUUGCAUAUCUCAUUCCACCUAAAUCGCCUGUGCUCUGAUGCUUGGACGACAGAUACACCUUCCCUCGUUUACGAACUAGUUUUGGAGUUGCCCCUUAAGUAAAAACUUCACACUCUUACUGUUACUUCUGUACCUGUUUAAGUGCAAACCCUUUCUACUUUUAACGUAACAAUGAAUUUCGGACGCCAAUGGUGUAUUUUUUCGAAUACUCUUCCACACAAAAAGUGUCACUUUCCGUGUUUUCUGUAAGAAAGACUUUAAUUUGUUCAUUGGUAGUCUGCUAGGGGCAUGACGGUAACCGGUCAUUUUGUUCCAUGGUAAGAUCGUUGACAUCGUUCCAAGUCAGAUCGUUCCAAUCAAUAGUCAGAUCGUUCCAUAAAAUAGUCAGUUCGUUCCACAAAAAAGUCAGUUCGUUCCACAUAUGAAAAGUCAAGUAAAUCUUUCUAAAUUUGUUGAGUGAACUUUAUCGAGAAAAAAAAGGUUUCGUUCAUACCACAAGCUGAUAAAAUGAUAAUCGAUCCAAAGUUGAUCCAAAGUCGAUCCAAAGUCGACAAGAGACGAUUUCAACCAGCCACGGGCUUUAACAUUUAAAACGCUGCUUUGAGAGUAUUGAGCUAGAAUCGAUCGAUAGUUUUGAAAGAUAUAGCACAACAAGUAAAAGCUAUGCCGCUCUGAAGGUACAGUAUUUUGAAGCGCUUGUAACCUAAAAAUUCCUUUGCAGCGGCCGAUUUAUGCAAAUUUUGAAAACAACGCGUGUUUCGAAUUACAAUCUCGAUUUUAUGAUUUAUCGUAUGAAAAAACACAACAUGCAAUACAAAAACGAGUACGUUAAUCGUCACCCUGCUAAACAAAAUUGAAAUAAUAAAAAGAAUUGUUGCAGUUAUCACAGUAGUUCUAAAAGAAGCCUAAGUCCCUUUUGGUUUCAAUUGUUGACAAUCGUUUCUUCCUUCAUCGGAACAGAUUUAUAUCACAGGCAACUCGCUGUGUUCCACAAUGCAAAAAUCAAAAUCACUAUUGUCACACUGGUAACCAGCUACACAAAUCUUGUGACUCUCAAACUUGUUCAACAUUCCUGUAUUCAAACUCUUAUCCAUUUUACACGUACACUCCUGAUAUUCCGAUUUGUUAUUACGUCUAUGGGGUCCAUGAGUCUUUGAUGUCAUUGAAUGUCUUGAUAAUUUCCUUUGUUUUUCUUUGAGUUCGCGGACCAGCCCAUUCCGAAAACACUCAGUGUUAUUUUUUAGAGUGGGCUUACCCGCGAACAGUAUGUGCAUUUGUAAGUUUAACCCGGGAUAACAUGAUUGAACAAUAUAUUAACACGUUCCUCGAAACGCCGCGGCCAAAUGUUAUCCAAACUGAUUCUCACUGUUGCUUCGAAAAAUUUCGGAUCAAAAGAUAUCCAAAUCGUCCCUCAUUGGAUUAUCCACUCGACCUAACAAAAUCGACCAAUUACAAAAAAUGGACAUAAAAUAAAGAAAACAGCAAAUUCAGAUGACCUCUUAGGAAACAUGCAAUUAAAACUGUCUUUCCAUGAUUUGGUGCAUUUCAAUCCUCUCGUCAAAAAAAUGUCAGACGUCAAUCAUCUUAGCGGACCUCUUAGGAAACGAAAGUUUUCUUCCAUGGGUUCAAAAGGUCAUUGUUUAUGAUUUGUGAUUGGUGGAUUUCGAUCCGUUUUUCGUGUUUCUGUGUUUCAAGGUUCGUUGCUUGUGAUCUUAUUGUGACCAAAACCCGACGAUAAUAUUCCAAAUAUUUUUGAUAGAUUUCAUCCCUGGACUUCAGACUUCCAAAUUUUGAUGAGGCAAAAAUACUGAAGAGUCAGAUUAACUUUUGAGAUCGUAAAAGUGCGAUUAAGUGCCGUGUGCAAGCAGAGCUUUCUUUCCCACAUGCCUCUUACCUUGUACAAGACGUUCGCAUGGCAGACAUUCGCCUCGCUUCGCUUGUUUACUUGCCUUGUUUACGUUAGCACGUAUUGCGUGCCUAUUGCACAUUUGCGUCAAAACAAGCCGUUUCCAUUACUCUAUUUGGGCCACGCCCAAAUAACAAGACUCAAGAUGCUGCCUAAAUUUUCCGCAUGAACUCACCUGUCAAAUUUUGACCAAUCAGAGCAUAAAAAUUGGACGUAGAACGUGACCAACGCGUGAACAUGGUGAGAAAAGUCAAAAGCAACUGUCUUCCCUGCCUGUAGCAGCUGACUGAAUUUUCGCGUCCGAGAUCAGUUUGAAAUCAAAAUUUUAAUUGUGCGCCACAUAAACAAAACAUAUUUCAUACGAAUUUUUUUAAAAAAAAAUUAAACUUGAGCCUGCGAUCAUUUGAAAACCAGUACCUUGUCAGCGGAUAACUUAAAAAAUAAACGUGAGCUCGAUGGGUCGAAACCUGAGCCCGCGAUUCGCUCAAGUGAUACCGGUCAGCGGAUACCUUGUUUUGACAGCUGUCAAUUGAUCACAACAUUGAUGUCCAAUAUGUGUAUCAGUUUUUCUGUGCUCCCAAACUAGCUAAAAAGUAUGAUUGAACAUUGUUCGCGAUCUAGUAAAACGAUUAACUGGUCAGCGGACAGCUUCCAAAUAAAUCACGUCACGUCGAUGAGUUGACACAUGAGCCCGCGAUAUGGUCAUGGGAUACUGGUCAGUGGCUAUCCUGUUUUGACAGCUGUCAAUUGACCAUAUUGUUAUUGUCAUAUAUAAAAGAUGAGGACUUGCCAAGACACGCCUGAGACACCCCUCCCUUCCUUUUGAUAGUCUCCCCUACCCUACCCGUACAAUCUGUAGACGCGUACGUACGUACGUACGUACGCUCGGUCAGUCACGUGACAACCAAAGGAAAAGAGGUUGACCAUAUUCCAUGAGUAUGGGGCUCUGUCCCACGCGCGCUUCGCGCGCGCGGGAGCCCCGCUAAAAAUGGGACAGGGUUGAUUAAAAAGUUUCUUCCUCUUCUUUUCGGUCAAGUGAGGGUCCUGAUUAAUGAUAUGGCUACGAUUAUUGGCUAUAUUUUUUUCCCACGUGAGGAAAACUUCCUAUCUAUGUCUACCAGACUUUGCUUUGUGUUCCUGCAAGGGAUAUUGAAUUAUUUAUUAGUAAUAUUGUGAGUACAUGAUAUAUGAAGGAGCCCAUUAAGUGUUAAUAAUAAUAAUGAUGAUGAUGAUAAUGAUCGAUGUUGAAGAUGGUAUUUUUUUGUAUUUAUUGCCUCAGAUGAAAUGGUCGUAAAGGAGCACUUCUGGUUUAAGACGAACCAAUUUUACGUGAUCCAUUUAAAGUCCUGGUUAGAGUCGGGAGUAUACAUUAUAAAAAUGGUUUUUAAAGCAGAUUUGAAAUCAGAUCUGGGAGGAUUUUAUAGAAUGGAGUACAAGCGAAACGACGGGACAAUCACGUAAGAGCUUGAACUUUCCUUAACUUUGCACACCUUACAACCUGUAGCUCUCACAUCAUCACCUUUCGUAUACCACCUCUGACUCCAUGCAUUGUGAAAGCAUUUGGAUUCACGACUGAAUUACUGCAUUGAACUUUUUGUGUUGGUAUGAGCCCGAUCCAUCAGCCAAAUUCUAUCAUUAUAUAUAACACAUACUAUCAACGGAAAGCAUCCACGCUCUAAUAACCAUCCCCCCCUAAAAAAUAUAUAUAUAUAUAAGCGCACACCUCAAGGCCAUAAUAUCAGAUUGAAGCGCCCCCCUCUCCUACACUUUAAUAAAGAGAAGGUAUACAAGGAAAACGGCUUCUAUCUUCGACUACAGCGGAAUCUGUAAAGGAGAAUAGUUUCUUUUGGGUUAAUUAGUCAUUUCCAGUUAUUUCUUUAUCCAAUAGCUUGCAGAAUUCCUUUAUGUGCGUUAUGUCUUAGUUCAAUUUUCGUCCCAUUGUCGCUCUCUCUCCAGUUUGUUUAAAGAGCUUUAAAGGAAAACGUAAUAACCGCCCCCGUCGAUUAAGCGUUCCCCUUUGAAGAACCUGUACAACCCCUGAAAUGAUCCAGAACCUAAAUGAUUCCCAAAUGGGCCCCGAAAUGAUCCUAAUUCCUUAUGGAAUGAUUUCCUGCCACGGAGUUAUUACAAGUCAGCAUUUCACUACAGUUUAUGUGGAGUUUUAACGCUUUUUGUCGUCUAAUCGCUUUUAUAUCUACUUUCGCAUCUUCAACACCAUUUUAAAAUUUUAAAAGGUGUUAAAACACUGAAUUAAAAUUCAUUAUCCAUGCAGUUUCAACACACUUUUUUGGAAUUUAACACUUACGCAGUUUUCUCCAUAAUCACUUGAGUAAUCAUGCUAAAAAAGGUUAUGCAUUAAGAUAUGUAAAAUCUUGUUGUUAUCAGUUGCAGUUCAUGGUGUUACUAUUGUGUAUUAAAUAAUAUUUUCCUUAAAAUCCAGUACAAAGUGUAAUCCCAGAUUAAGGUCUUUAAAGAAUACGAGCGAGUGAAGAUUAUUAGUGAAUGUUGUACACUUUGCUCGAUCCGUAGUUCUAGGAUAUCAUUCCAUUCCUAAUUUCAAUUGGGGAUCAUUUCGGGGUCGACGCAAAGAGAAAUGGGUAUCAGUUCGGAGUCGAUUGGGGGAUUAUCUCAGGGUUGGGGAUCAUUUCGGGUGCUGUACAAACCGCUCCGCAUGCAUCCUUUUAGCUGAAAUUUGAAAUAAGCGCUUGGGCGCCUAUUCCAGGAAAUAGGGUAAUAUGGCCACGGCAAGAAUAAGACUGCAGAUACCUGAAUCUGAAUACGGGGUCUGAAAACGGUUAGGUGUCCAUGUGCUUAAAAAAUCAGUUGCAAGCACGGGCUAUAAUCUUAUUUUUUAAGAUUCAUUACGUUCUGGAAAGAGUAAGAAUCCUGUAGACAUUCCUGCGGUGUUGUAGCCCUACAUGAAGUUUGCAGGUUUUCAUAGCAAAAUAAUGAUCUUAAGGUCGAUAAUGUUAGUCCGUGAUAUUCAAAUAUAAUGUUUUUAACUUUUCUCAAACAAUUUGCCUGAAAUGCAUUUGACUUACUUUUUCUCUCAUUUCAUUUUAGACAAGUUGCAGCAACUCAAUUUUCUCCAGCGGACGCGCGGAAAGCAUUUCCGUGCUUUGAUGAGCCUGCCAUGAAAGCGACGUUUAACAUGACAAUCGCUCAUGAUCCUACGCUGACUGCUCUUUCAAAUAUGCCUAUUUAUAAUCGCUCCAAAGAGAUGGGUGGCUGGAAAUACAGUGUGUUUCAAAAGUCUGUUGUUAUGUCUACAUACCUGGUAGCUUUUGCCGUUUGUGAUUUCGAUUUCAAAGAAUUCAUUCAUAAGAACGUAAUCAAGGUACGUCACUAAAUAUGGGUGAUUUUAUAACUAGGUGGUGCAGGAAAGUCCGGGUGAGCGUAGUCCUGAAUAGGACUUGUUGAAAGUGGCUGACGUUUAAUUUCGACAACCUUUAUGGUAGUCAUCUUUAGAGUCAAAGUGACGGUUGUAUCACGUCAGUUGAUGGUACAGUAAACUCUGAUCAUUGACCUGAUUGGUCAAUGAAGUCGCGAUGUUAGUUAAGCCGUGAUGUCAUUGGCAAUGAACACUCGAAAUGUCAUUGGUGCGUUUCGAUUCGUCUUUUGUCACGUAACAGUUUAAUAUGGAUGAUUUUGUUACCCAUUUAUUUUUCCUUUAUAUUCACUAUCUUUUACUGGACAGUAGUAAAUGGAUGAAAAAGGGGUUUUCAAUAGCGAAAUUUGCCUAAAACUGAACGUCUACAAAUUUAUAAAAGAGCAUUUCAGUUACCAUCCCUAACUCAGUGACGGAGCUCACACGUUCGACAAAUCGCUGGUGUCUGAUAUUGUGACACUCUGAUAGAAGGGUGAACUUUUCAUUUACUGAGGGGCUUGCAAUUGCCACAUCAAACAACUAAACUUUGUGAUUGUCACAGAGUUGCCUGAUGAAAUACAGGUGUUUUUCUUUCAUAAAAGAACCAAUUGUCAAGUGUCUCAUAUGUGAUGUCUUGUAGGUAAGGAUUUAUGCGCCUUCAGAGCAAAUCGACCAAGUUGAGUAUGCUUCGAAAAUUUCUGACAGACUUUUUACUUUCUACGAGGAAUAUUUCGAAAUAAAAUACACGUUACCAAAGUCAGGUGAGUUAAGCUUUUCAUAGAGAAUUAAAAAAGUUAUGAUUGAAAGACGAAUCCGUUAGCACAGGAUCUUUGCCUCUUUCUUGUUGUUGAACGUAUACGAAACUCUCUUUCCUUUGUAUCCCGCGUUUCUUGUUCUGGGUAUAACUCCAUUCAGACUGGCAUGGGUUGCACAAAUCUUUUUUUCGUUGAGCCUUUUAUGUAAAGGUCUGUGCAACGAUAAUGAUACAUGUUGCUAACAUGGUUUAUCGCGGAAAGGUCGUUACUAAGGGAGAGUUUCCAAAAAUCAGAAGUGGCCGGCCGGACCAUGGCCGGACAAAAAUGCUUCUUCAAAACAUUUUUUGUUGAAAAAUCCUCUCCUUCGUGCAUACUAUUUAAAAUUUGACUGAUCUGACUGAAUAGUUAUGAUUAAAAGUUAAUUUCUCAUCACGACGGGAAUGGUCUGGCUGGUCAGUUUUGACAAAUGGAAAGCACCGAAGCAUAUUUGUGCAAUUUUUGUUGUCGUGCAUCAUUGUAUGUGUUAUAAUUAUUUCCUUGCCGUGCCUGAAGAAAUUUUGCACCAAAUAGUUUGGUUUGCUCAAUAAGCCGGUGUUUAUUGAGUUUAUUUCUGCGGUUGGUAAACGUUUGCAACUCAAUAAUUUUCUUCUGUUAUUUCUAAAUAGUUUUCGUUUUACUAUAUUUACAGAUAUGAUUGCCAUCCCCAAUUUUCUCUUUGGCGCAAUGGAAAACUGGGGUCUUAUAACUUACAGGGAUUGGAACCUUCUUUUUAAACCAAAUGCAUCUUCUUCCGCUAAUAAGCAGCGAGUUGCUGAGGUUGUCUCUCAUGAAUUAGCUCACCAGGUAAUAUAUUCUCUUGCCGUGCCUUAUUGAAAUAAAGACGCAUGUAGAUUUUAAGACGAGGCCGACUACGAGGAGGAGAUUUUCUCACACCUAAGUAGCACUUGCGCGUGAGCCAGCCGGUUAUUUUGGCGGGAAAACGGGAUAGCCGUCGUCAUUCUACGACUAUCUUUAGGUCUAAUUUGGGCCCCUUAAAUCAAGGCCGAUGCAGUCCAUGCAGUUACCUAAGGGUCAUUUGGACCCAAGGGCUCAAUUAAAUGGGCCCCAGCGUUGGCUGGAAUUGCCUUUUGAUUGAGCUGUUUUGGCUCUGGGAGAUGCUGAAUCGGACUUUGGCCUGCAUGGUUGAAUUGACACUUGAAGGCUAAAACAGAUCUUUCUAAUUUUCAGUGUGGGGAAAAAUGUACAAUGAAGCUUUCCAAGGUAUCUAUUUUUCGAGAAUACGAGAAUAAACUUUAAGUUAAAUUUCGUCCUCGCAUCUAAAGGUCCCUAAUCUUUAGAGAAUUUCCUCUACAUAACUUUUUAGUGUUAAUUAAGGCUUACCUUCAGCAAUAAAUGAUUUGCAGUGGUUUGGAAACCUGGUGACAAUGGAGUGGUGGGAUGAUUUUUGGUUAAACGAAGGGUUUGCAAGUUUUAUGGAGUUCUCAGCGACUGAAUACAUUCAUCCAGAAUGGAAGAUGGUAUGUCUUUAACAAAAUAGAACUGCAACCAGUAGCUUAAAGGCUUGAGAAACUGUAAAUCCUAUUGUCUAUAGGUGAUAUCAGACGUUGCUCGAAAAAAUGAAAAAAGAUCGUCAUCUUUGAACGGUUGACGUGUAAACCUUUUUCGUUCAAAAACGUUGUUGCUUUAAGCAAGGUGCCAAAUUUUAUGAUUGUCGCUAUUAGCGAGUUUACUGUCUCUGAGCACGAGUUCGUGAAUUUUCUAAAGUCUUGAGCAUGGUUCACGUUAAAGUGGUUCACCAGUGGUUCACGCUCAACAUUGCCCCCAAAUUUUAUUUCACAGAUUGAUACUAGUUAGGGUAUUUGUUUCCGUUUCCAUUCACCAAACAAGGAAAUGAAGCACAUUUUGGGUGGUUUGAAGGCCUCUUCGCAGGAGAAAAUUAAAAAAGAGAGUUCUUUUGGAAAAUAUAAACUCAAAGAAAUCGAGUCUUUUUAAAUUUUCUAAAAUAGUUUCCAAUACGACUUUUAUCAUUAGGAUGACCAGAUAGUCGUUCUUGAUCUGUCGCUAGCAUUCGCAGCAGAUGGCCUGGCAAAUUCUCAUCCAAUCAGAGUCCCUAUAGAACGACCAGAGGAAAUCAGCCAGAUCUUUGACGCCAUCACCUAUGAAAAGGUAUAUCCAAAACGAUUAUAUGUAUCUACUUACCUCCGCAUUUUUUUCUUACGAUGGGACAAACUCAGUGGUCUAAUAAUUCCCUUACUAGAAAUACGUAUCUCGCCUGACUCCGUGGCGAAACUCUUUACUUUAUUAAUAAUAUUCGUUCCCUCCUGAGGACUAGGAGAAAUCGUAAAGGGGCGGCGGAAUCACGGCUGUCUUGUUGAUAAUAUUGCCAAUUGCGAUUCCUUAAGGCUAUGGAACCUAAAGUUAUCGAAAAGUUAUUUGUAAACGACAAAAUCAACAAGAUACACUCAGUUUCCACCACUCCUUGGACCUGGUCCCGACCAGAUCUAAGGGCCAGUCUUCACCUCGCAGAACUGGGGCACAUAUAGUUAAAUCAUCCGCAUAUUUAUAUAAAGUAGUAAAGUCAUCCUGUGAGAUAUCUAAAUCAUUGAGAAAGAUAUUUAAAAAAAGGUAAGGGCCGCUAACACUAACCUGACAGAUGCCCUUAUUAACCGUUCUCCAUGACCCCUUAAAAGUGUUGUGUAUACCACUCUCCGUUGCAGUCUUUUAGAAGCUUCUUUAAUUUUGCAGCUGAUAGGUUUUUCAAACGCUUUACUAUAAAGUCCUUAGCGUAGAGACGGACAGCUACACAGUCCUAUUCAAACGUUUACCCGGACGAUCAUACUCACCCUACUUUUUAAAUGACUCCUCGGUUCAAACCUUUCUCAGUUAUUAACAGUCUGGGUUGUCCAAAUACCUCUGAAUUGUGUGUUGGAUGGCCAAUGACGCUCCUGUGUAAUUUCUACCCUCCUGUAAGCAAAUUGUCUUGGGCUAAGGUGAUUUUCGACUAUGUCAGUUCUUAGCGUGACUCCCGUAAACGACUUUCUCGAAAGCGCGUGUCAUGACCAAUGGGACAUUUAUUCCUCGAUAUUCACCGUUCUCUUGAGGAAUUUCAACUUUGGGUAAAGGGUUGAUGUUAGCCUUUUUCCAGGACCGAGACCACGACUGCGUGGAGAUAAAAAGAUUCCAAAUCCUUGUGAUGAUAGGUGUGAGUAUUUUCGCUGUGUUCCUUGCAAAUCCAGAAUGGAAUGAGAUCUGGACGAUAGCGGCUCGCUUUAUUUCAGGGGCACCCAACGACAAUUUUCGGAAAAAUAUCUGUUCGGAAGACGAUUUGAGAUCUAGAAUUUUCGGAACAUUUGUUGCAAAACUUCUUGCUUGCCUGCCUCUUCUAGGAUUUCAAACAUCUAAAAAAUGGUAUAAUUGCCUAUUUUUAACCGAUUUUUACCCUAAAAAGAAUUUUUUUUUAGAAUUUUCGGGAGCCUUUUUUCUGGCUGAAAUUUUCGAAAAGGUAAGUUUUGAUCCCUAUAAUUUUCGGAUCACUAGACUUUCAGCUAGGAAAUCCGAACAGAUGAAAAAUUUUUAGGGGAUAAAAAUAUGCCUUUAUCUACCGUUUAAAUACUAAAACACGUUUAAAAAUGCAAUGUUUAAGUGGUUUUGAACUAUAUUCCCGUUGGGUGCCCCUGUUUAUUUUGCUGAGAACGUUCCAGAAUUCAUGCUCGGUUAUCUCAGGAAUAUUUAUAUUGCUACCAAUGGCAAUAGGUGAGGCGUUGACGUAGGUAUCAUCCGUAAAGAGUCUUCCAAAAUAAUCAUUUAACUGCGCCAAACUUUCGUCAUCAAGACCCGCGAUACUGUGAGUUUUACUAGUGCGGCGUCGUUGUGUCAGAGUCAACCUCUUUCCACCAGCUACAACUACCAAGUGGGGCAGUAAGCAGGCGCCUCCUGUUCCCACUGAUUAAGUGAAAAAUACUUUCGUUCAAGUGUCGCAAGCGAUCACUAUUCGAGCUGGAGAUCCUGGCCUUAGGUUUGAGGAGCGAUCGCGAUUUUACGAGAGGCGACAUCCACGGUGGGUCUCGUGAAGACAAAGUGACGUUUCUCAGAGGAUUGCAGUUAUCCAUGUAGCCAUGAAUAAUUAACUUAAGUUUGGUUACAGCCUCGUUCACAUCCGUAAGGACUUCCUCCCAGUUCUUCUAACGAAAUUUUCCGGUGUUCAGGACGUUCGCAGAUAGAUAUUUUACUGUGGAUUGGUUUUAACUUUAAUCCCGGAGGAACAAUAACCGCUAAAUAGUCAGUUUUAAUUAGCAUAUUAAAAGGGUAACAUUUUCCAAAAAGGUCUUAACGAUUCUUGAACACAUUGUCCAAACAGCAGUUCCCCGAGUUGGGAAGUCAACAAGCGCAUUGAGACCCGACAAAAGCUGCAUUUUACUGAGAUCGAGUUUAUUCACGUCGCUGCUGCAUACAAAUACUGUGUCGGGAUGAGUGUCAAGCGCAUUGUCAGCCAAACCCACUAUGUAAUUGAUGACGUCAAGCUCAUCGUCCUUGUGUUUGGGCGGAUAGUACAAGCCACAAAGUAACAGCCGAUGUCCCGAGCAUAAAAAAGAGUCAAACAGAUUAGUUCGAUUAACUUUAAAUACUGAACGUUAAUAUUUCAAAUACUAAACUUUGAAGCUCAAGUGCAAACGUUACUGAAAUAAAUUUUUGCUGUUUCCGUCCUUUUUUCAUGUCUAUCUUUUAGGGUGCAUGUAUUCUGCGAAUGUUAGAGGCUUAUCUUGGUAAAGAGACUUUCAGGAAAGGAUUAGUGGUGAGAAAAUAACUUAAUUAAAAUACGUAUAAGAUCGUAAUGAUGAUCAAAAAAGGAAGUACUGUAGGGUAUAAACCAAGGGAGGGAUAAGGAACGUUGGUGUAAAGUAAUGUUCGAGCGGCGAUAUAUUUUAAAUAAGGGCUUCCUUCAUGCAGGAUUAUGUAGCUCAGUUCAUAGAAAGCCCUUCAUUCAAACCUAAAGGUCGCAGCUCUGAUUUCUUAGAUUGAGGUGUUUUAUACCCUGUGAGCAACUAGUUUAUCUUUUGCAUGGCUAUUAGCGUUUACGAAGUCGUUCACGUCGCUGGUUUCACAAAACAAACCCGCUACGUGACUGAUAAGCUAAGCGAACGACUUCGUAAACGCUAAAAGCCAUGCAAGAGAGAAAUCUCUGCUUGUAUUUUAAAGUUUGGGCUAAAUCAUUUUCGCGUAAGGGUUAUAACCUGAUUUGGUCGUACAACCGAGGCGCUUAUCAUGCAGAGUAAGUUUCAAUGCACUGCCCGUGCCUAAUAAAAGGCUUGACCUUUACUUGCCAGGAUGACAACUUAAAUAAUGAAGGUCCCGCUUCCAGCAGGAGACGUUAAACAGUAUCCUCAGUUGGUUCUUCGUUCUACUGAAAAUAAAAUACAUUGGCAAAUUCAAAAGGGUGUUUUAUUUGUUUGUUUGUUUUUUUUUACAGCCUUGUAAUCGACAGUUUCUUUCCCACAUUAUUUAUGCCCCACGAGACAACUAAUACUCAGUGAAGUCAUGCCAAUAAUUCUUGCAGUAAGACAUAUCAAGGGGAUUCGAAAUGGUACUGCGUGUUCAAUAUGGUUUUGUUCCAUGUUUGAUUUUUUCAGCGCUACCUCAAGAGGUUCGAGUUCGCCAACGCAAACACACAAGACUUGUGGCAAGCCUUGAGAGAGGUAAGUAUGUUGGCCUGGAGCGUUUCGCGCAUAAACUUUAAAUAACGUUUUUCUCGUAAAAACCAAGGAUGCAUGACAUCUUUGGCCAGGUGGUCCAAGUAUAAUGGCAGCUAAGGAACUGGUAUUGAAAACUAAUGGCCAAACGUCAGCGCCUCUGGUAGGGGUUAAGAACAAAUUGUCGACUAGAAAAUUUGUCCCCCGGCCUAAUGUCAAAAAAGAACACAAAAUAACAAUCAUAUCAUUUUCACUUCUUUGAAGCUUGAAAUAGAUAUCAUUGCCUUGACUGGAACAUACUCCAUUCGAAAUAAUUACACUUUGUGCGUAUAGGAAAGCUGUGUCCAGGAUGGAUGCGUGGAUGUCAAGCACAUGAUGGACACGUGGACUCUUCAGAUGGGCUACCCAGUGGUCGAAGUCCGACAUUCCAUUGGUGACCAGUACUUAGUCUCCCAGGAGAGGUUUCUUUACUACACUGAUACCAACACAACUUCCAAAUAUCAGUCACCAUUUGAGUAAGUAUAAAAGGAAUAAAUAGAUCUCCCUUGCCCUCCCCAUUUAGCUAAAGAAAGUAUUGUUGAUUUUACUUGAAAUUUCGUUACGAUUACCUUACGGUCUGUAACGUAAAGAAAAAUAUUGGCAGGGAAAACCCUGUAUGUCAGCAAAGAUAGCCUGUGUUACUGCCGGAUUUGUCACUCGAGACCCAGAUAGAGAUCUCAAUCAGUCCGACUGUCGAUAUCAGGGAUUUAGACGGUCUUCGACGCAGGCUAGCAAAAGGGUACUCAAUGUAACGGCGUAUUUUAUCAAAGUAGGGGUGGGUACUCUUUAAUGUUUUGAUUUACACUUGAAAAUUUUUUCAGUUCGACAUGUAAGCUCGGUGGAGUGUGCACGGAGUCCUAUAGCUAAGAACUAUGACCAAACAGUCAAGGUGAUGACCAUAUAUACAUAGCACAUACAGGGGCCGAUGAGAAUGUUUAUAGUACACGGUAAAUUUUCCCCAUAAGUCACUGUCACAGAUGGAACUGCUCCUAAUAUGCUACUGUUUUACUUACAGUGUUAUGUUUUCUUGCAGUUACAAAUGGUUUGUACCAUUCACCUACAUUACAUCGUCCUCGCCAGACAAAAUUAUUUCCAAAGAAAUUAAUAUGACAUUGGGUAAGUGGAAUCAUCUUGUUCUAGAAGAUACCUUUCUGUCGGCUUUUCCAGCUAGAGCUUCUUUUAAGUAUUAGGAAGAUCUAUUUCUAGUUGACUUGUAAAUGAAAGAGAAAGUCACAAACUUUGAAAGAACUCACGACAAGACGAAGAAAUCUCGGGGAGAAAGACAGAACAUUUUCAAUUGUUCGUCUAUGGAACUUUUUCACAUGACGUCACGGCGGCCAUAUCGGUGUACAAAACAAUGAAACGGCGGCCAUGUUGGUGUUCAGAGAAAAUGCUUUGGGGAUUGAAUUCUUUUAAAACUUUCUUUUGUUUUAAGAAAUUUACAUAGCCUUUGGUUAUGUGGGUGAAAACAAUCUAUUCCGCACAUUCUAAACGAUGAUGACCUAUCCUGCUUGCAAAAAAGCUGGAUUGUUUUUCUUACUGUUUCUUCAUAUGAAUGGUUCGAUAAUUAAAAUCAACCUUGACUCGCGCAGAUCCUAUAACCUAAAUGCCUUUGGCAGUCUUUGUCUUAGAUUGGUUAUUUUCAAUGUGGUUAACCUCGUUUUAACGGAAAGCCAAAUCUUCUAGAAUGAAAGACUUGCUCAAUCGGGGGCUAUUUGUCUGGGACUUGCUACUGGGACGCUGCACAACUUGGACGUCCGGGCAAAGGUUUCCGUCCCAAGUUCAACUCCUGGUUCAUGAUGGCAAAGGGCUAACUGGUUGCAAACCUCCGUGCUGACUCUCUUAGUCUUUGUGGGAGGCCGUAACUGUUUUUCUCCUACCCGGUUGGGGAUUUAAUCCUGUUGUAUUUCCUCAAGUUAUUUGAUUAUCGUUAUUUUAAUGGAGUGACUUUAAUUUAAGUUAGCCAGAGAAGCCAAGUGCACUUCCACUAUCAACGACAGAAUGAUUUGGACUUUUAUUUAUACUUCAGAGAAAAUAACAUGGAAUGGAAACGGAUGGAUCAAAGGGAACGUGGGACAAAAGGGGUUUUACCGGGUGAACUAUGAUGACGAAAACUGGGAUGCGUUGGCCAGUGCUUUUACGACUAACCACAAGGUAAAGCAUGUUAGCUUGGAAAGCUUAUGUAAAUUAUGGUUCCAAAAGCAAUGAAUCAACAGUUUCUAAGUGAAAUUGAAUGUAGGCCUUAAGUUCUUGCUACAUCUUAAUACUCUAAGUUAUUUUGGGUCGACUACAGGCUCGAUAAAUUGUGUAAACUUUGCAAGGAUCACUGAAUUAUCUAGGUUCGAUAUUUUGCGAUUAUUGGCAGUUCACCUUAGGUUUUACAAAGCGUGGUUAGUUGUGUAUCAACAUUUUCCAUACUAACGAAAUAGAGCCUCCGUAGAAGGCGCCCGUUAUUGUACUUUUACAGGGCGAAGAACGAAAAAGCGCGCGCAUUUCCUUGAUAUUUCUCCUUUCGCGCUUCCACUCCCCCACCGCCCCAAAAAGGCGCCUACUACGCAGGUUAAGGAAAUUUUUGGAGGGGUCGUUUCGAAGCUGAUUCAACUAUUCGUUCUAAAGGGAUGAUAUCAGCUUCUAUCUUUUGUCAUGACAUUUACGCGAUGUGAUGAUUGUUUUGAAUUGUUUUUCAUUCAUUGAUAUCCCUAGGUGUUAAAUAUCUCGGACCGUGCUGGUGUUAUUGAUGAUGCGUUUGAACUAGCAAGGUAAGGUCUACUCGGUUGGGUAUAACCAUCUGGCACUUCAAAAGGUGAUAUCAGUCAAUUCCCAAAUCGUUUUUGUAUUGUAGGAGUGGUAAACUAAAUUACACCAAGGCACUGGAAUUGACGUCAUAUUUACAAGCUGAACAAGAAUAUGUUCCGUGGGAGGCCGCCAUCAAGAGCUUUAACUUCAUCAGAAGCAUGUUAACACCUACCAGACCCGCCUACAAAUAUCUGCAGGUGUGCAUAGCCUUUUUCUGCACUCAUUCAACAGACUGGGUGAUUUACUUUAUUUAUGCAACAGUUAUUCCUCACUAGUAAACCGUUGUAAUCGUUUCUGGCAUAUUGUAUUGGGCACCCAAGCUUUAUUAAAAAAAGCUGAAAUAUUGUUAGAGCUAUCAUCAUCAUCAUCAUCAUUAUUGUCUUCGUCAUAAUCAUCUUUUUUUAUCAGCUUCCGCGUCAUGAUCAAUUUAAUGUCUUCAUUGCUCCUCAGUAGCCUUUUCAAUCAGUUUAAUCUCUUUUCAUCAACGAAGUAUAUUGCAUCCCAUAAGUCAGUCAUGCUAAUUCACUCGACAAAGAACUGUAUGAAGGCUAUUUUCACUUUUAUUUACCUAAUCAUUUGAUUAGAGAAAUCGUCUUUAGCGUUAUUACAGAUAACUAAUUAUAUCUAUAGCCCUUGAAAAAUAUAAAAAUGAAUACGAUAUUGUUUAAAUUAUUCCGGUACAGGGUUUUAGUCCACUGAAAAUUAAAAUUACUCAAUUUCCUAAUAAAUUCCAUAUUUAGUUAAUAACUCAUUUGUAACUGUUUUAUUUCACAAACAGAAAUACCUGCUUUAUCAAGCGCAGCCUAUUUACAAGCGACUUGGAUUUACAGACGGAGGUUCUCACCUUGAGACGUAAGUUUGUUUAUCAUUUGACGUUUUUACAUGUAACAAGGACUUACAUGUUACACUUCUUCUUUGAAUCAUCAGGGCUCACUGGUAGCAAGCGCUACAUUAUGUUUGAAAAUGGACCAUUAUACAAAACCAUGUUUCAUCUAGUCUUUUAAGAGUUACUGAAAUGUACCUCCACAGUGAACAUUAAUUACCGUUUGGUUUCAUUAACCUGUACAACUUAACAGUAGUGCAUUUAAAUCCUCAAAAAAGAGAGUUUUCUCUUUUGAACCCCCGUCUCCCCUUAUUCAAUGUUGGGAGAUAACAAAACAAUAACCCGCACAAACAUUAACGUCUUGAUCAACAUUGGGCCAGGGGUGGGGGGAGAAAUGAAAAGAAGAGGUAAAAAAGACAACCUUCCCAACACUUUUGACGAUGACUGUAGUCUAACUUUAGAGGCCUGACAAGCUAAAAAAGGAAGAAAAUUUGGGUAGUGUUCAAGCCAUCGCUGUUAAGAGCUGAACUUCGAAGUGACAGUUUUUAAUCUUUUCAAAAGUGUCCACUUUUCGUUAUUAACUCAUUUGAGAAAUUAUUGUUUUUUCAACGCACCUCAGAUUUUGAAAACUGAUAUUUUUUUUGUGAACAUAAUAAAGCAGCUAAUUGCUGGAACUGUGGAGGGUUGUAGAUGGUUUCCUUUCAGGUGCAUGCCCUGUUUUUCUGGAAGACCCAAAUAGCGGGAUAAAAAGAACGUUAAGGAACGACCAGAAUCUGCAUCUUCCUUCUUAGAUGCAGAUUUUGUUGGCUUCAAGAAUAUUCACUUCCUCUUUCAGUUUCCUGCGUCCAGAAAUCUUGGAAACUGUUUGCGCCACGGGAGAACAAACGUGCCUGUCAAAUGCCUCUGAAUACUUUCAUAGAUGGAUGAGAGAUCCAGUAAAGAACCAGUGAGUUGAUUUGUUUUUUAUACUGUUCUAACCGUUAAGUUGUUGUGGCGUGAUUCUUAAGUAAAAGAUCUAGAAAAUUCUGGAAAACACCAGCUGCGCCUUCUGUUGUAGCUGCUGGUUUCAAAACUUGGGGAUACUCCCUUUUAUAAGUCCUAUAGUUAGGUAUGUGCCGUCCCAAAGGGUAUGGUUUUUGCGCUGUUUUGGUCUGAAAACGGGUAUGUUUUUCGAGGGAAAUACGGGAGUGUAUGAACGUAUUUAUCGUUUCAAUUCCAAAUGAAUAGAGAAAGAGAAACAUGCGAAUUCGAAAUGAAUUUUAAGAAAUCUUUUCUGUUAGCGUUCUAAUCUAACCGAAUGAUGACAUAAUUUCUUAGAGGCCAGGCCUAAAAACGGGUAUGGAUUUUAGAGCUAGGCCAGGUCUGAAAGUGGGCGUGAAUAAUGACAUUUUUGGUCUGAAGUAGAGUCAGGGUUUAGAGAACUAGGCAACACACCCCCACCAAGAAUUCUCAAGAGUAACCCCCCCGGUUUCAACACCAAGUCACGUCGGCUUCAAGGGUAAAGAAAAGUUAUAUUUUAAUUUUUAGAGUGCCAGCUAAUUUCCGAUCACUGGUGUAUUAUUAUGGAAUUGCUAAAGGCGGCCGUGAAGAGUGGGAUUUUGCUUUUGAUCAGUUGCUUCACACAUCUGUAGCUUCAGAGAGCGCUAAGUUGAUACAUGGUUUAGCUGCUUCUAGUGAGCCUUGGAUUUUGAGCAGGUAAAUCUAAUAAAUUAAAAUAUUAGGUAAGAGUCGUUUGGUUUGUCAACUGUGUUUAUUUUACCUAGUCAGUAACAGUCAGUGAGAAGGUCAGUAAAUCAGUCAGUUAGUAAGUCAGUCAGUUAGUCAGUAGGUCAGUCAGUAAGCCAUUCAGUUAUUCAGUCAGUCAACAGGUCGGUCUAGUCAGCCAGUCUGUCAGUCAGUCAGUCAGCAGGUCGGUCAGUCAGUCAAUCAGUUAGUCAGUCAGUCAAUCAACAGGUCGGUCCAGGCAGCCAGUCAGCAAGUUAGUCAGUGAGUCAGUCAGUCAGUCUAGUAGGCCAGUCAGUCAGACAGACGGUCAGUUAGUCAGUCAGUCUACUCAGCUAGUCAGUCAGUCAGUCAGUCAGACAGACAGUCAGCAGGUCGGUCAGCCAGUCAUCCAGUCAGUCAGUUAGUCAGGCAGACAGUCAGCAGGUUAGUCAGACAGUCAGUCAGCCGUUCAGGUCUAAUCUGUCAGAUUUGCUAAUUCUUAUUCACAGCCAAGGUUUGUCAGUCCAGUAGUUUAAGGCCUGGGUCUAAUGGGUUUACCUGUGGAAAAUGAGUUACUGGCUAUAUCUUCGGCACAGAAUUUGGAACUGAGAAAAAUAUUGCCAUACAAAGACCUUAUCGUCCUUAAAUUAUAAAUAUUGUGUUAAUAAGUCACGUGGUAUGUCACGUGACCAUUUUCUUAAAAUCGUAAAUAACUGACGAAUUAGUGGGGGUUUGAAAAAAAAAAUCAAGCAAUAACAUUUUUCUCAUUCAUUUAGUUCUAGCACUUCACGUUUGGAAUGACAGUCCAUUGCGCUUCACUAAAAAAACUGUAAGGCAAAACAUCAUUUUAAAUGCCCAAAUAUAAUCUUGAAUUAUUUAAAAUUUUAAUUUUAAACUUCGCGUACCUUCGUUCCAAACGUGGAGAGAAAUGUAUGUUUACCCUCUAUCAGAAACACCAAUUUAUUUCGCCACUGAUUCGCCAAUUUCUGUCAUUUUCAAUUUUUGGUAAAAAGGCACAAGAAGACCUCAAGAUUUAUUUUUGGGGAAAAAUUCUAGAGAGAAAUAUUGCCAAUCAAUCAUAUACUCCGAACACACCUUUGACCGAGGUCUUAAACUCCUUGAGCAGUUACUUCCCUUAAACGCUUCAGCGGUGAAGUUAUUCCACAUUAUAUAGGCAUCAGUGAAACCUUCCCCUCAAGACGAUUUUUAACGACGACCCUCCGCAAAAUAGUUUUAGUAAGAAUAGAGCCAGUUCUUUAGCAGUGACUGCUAACAUAACACAGUGGAAGAAAUUGUGCGUUAUCAAUCAUUGUUGAUUUACCGUCUUGUCAGACAAAGGCAACUGUUAAAAUGUUAAAAGAUUGCCUGGAUAAGUGAACUGCAAAAACAUCAUGUCUUAAUCGUUUCAGGUUCCUUCAAUUUUCUCUGAACUCCAAAAAAAUCAAGUCAUCAAACGCUCCGUUGGUGAUUGGUAAAGUUGCAGAGAAUAGCCAUGUUGGAAGACAGAUAGCUUGGGACUUCAUACUAAAACACUGGAAUAUACUAGAAAAACGGUUGAGUAUUCUCUGGCCACUAGUACUUUUCUCUGUUUGUUCUAGUGAUAGGAUUUUUCUGCUGUGUUUGGUCCAUAACAUGGAAAUUUGCUGCAUUUAAAAGUCUGCAUCUAAAAUAUAUAACCACAAAUUUGAUUUAUCAACUAAGUCGGUGAAGUAAAUUGGUCACCGUAAAAAGAUUUGUUAAGUUCGAAACAAAUCUGAAACUUUCCGCCACACAAUGACUGAAUCACAGUAGGGACCAGUUUUGGACGUCCGAUUUUAAUGCUUCAAGGCAUUCUUCCUUUUUUGCAAUUGCUUUUCACCUGCAAGGGGGAUAGACGUUCUGGUGUGUAACCUUUCUUCUCGUUUGAUUGUAGGUAUGAAGAUGGUUUAUAUAUUCUAUCUGGCAUACUAGAAUCUGUUACUCGUGGUGUUGCAAAUGACUUUCAACUUCAGCAGGUCAGUUAAUAGUUUGGUAAACAGAUGAGACUUUUUCAUGAUGAAUAUACUCAGUCAAAUUCCAGUAAAAAUUCGGUGCAGAUUUUCACCGAAUAAUUUUCACCUUCCUUUCUGUGGAAUCAAUUUUUUUCCUUUGUUUUUUGCGGUGAAAUAAACUGAAACUGAACUGAACUGAAGCAUCUUCUGCACUGCUCUUCCUUUAGGAGCUCGAUGGGUUGCUUUUCAUAAGCCAUUUAUUGACAGUUACUUUUACACACAUACAACGAGUCCAAAACUGAGUUAUUAACUCCAAAUAUAUGAUGUAUCGAGUUCCUGAAAUCGUUUUGUUCAAAUAAUGAUCAGCUUUAGAAUCACGUUUAUGAGAAAAGGCAAACGUCAUAAGAAAUAAGAAAUAAAAAAAGAGCAGAUAAAACGGUACAAAAUAUUAAAUUCAUAACGAUGAAACUGGCGUGAAACUACUAAUAUUUUUGUGGAAAAAAUGAACAGUAAACGACAAGUAAAGGGACAACUUUUUCACUUGGUACAAAAUGACGUUUUACUGAGGGAUUUCUCGCGCGCUGAUUGGUCGAGAGCCGUGGUCGAUUAGAGUGCCGCGGAAAUGACGUGAUGAUGGCGAAUUUGUGUUUUUCUCUUUCUCUCGCGCGCGAUUUUCUGACAAAAUUCAACGGAAGUGUACGUCAAAACUUUCAAUGUUAUGUUAAAAAACAAAUCGAGAAAAAAAUUUUAUGGUCUGUACUCUUAUCGACCAUAGAAAUGACCGGUGUGAAAGGUUCAAAACUCAAGAAUACAGACCAUGGAAAAUUGUUGUCGAUUUGUUUGCUGUAGACUUGAUAGCCUAAAUCUCUGUAACAUAAGAAAAAUAAAGCUUUGUGCGUGUAAUUUUUUUCAGCUCCUGAGUUUUGUCAAAGAACUGGAUAAUGGAUCUGGUUUGAGUAACCAGUCUUUGUCUCAAGCAGUCGAGGUGGUAAAAUCUAACAUAGCCUGGAUUAAAAGGAAUGAAAAAGACCUGGAAAACUGGUUAGAAACGUUUCUGUCUAAUAAAGGACUGUGA